AUGGAUAUAUGUGGUCCAUGCAAGUUUCGAAAUGAAGACGCGAAGGCUACUAAGUACUGUCUGACUUGCCAAGAGCCACAGUGUAAAACAUGUGCUGAGAUCCAUGGCAGUAGUAAAGCAACAAGAAAUCAUCUUCUUUUGGCGAUCACAAAGCUGAGUAGUGCUUCCAAGACAAAUAAAGACUUAGAAAACUUUCAGAAUUGUUGUUACCAUCCCGAGAAGAAGCUCGAAUUCUUCUGCAUAGAUCAUGACCAUUUAAUGUGUAGCACGUGUUUGUUGAAGAUACAAAAGCUUCACUGCAAAACCAUCAUUGAUAUUGAAACAGCAGGCAAGCAGCUAGAAACAAACAAAUUUAAUGAACAAUUAACAAGAGAUUUGGAAAGUGUCGUAGACCAUUGCAAAGAAGAAGAAAAAGAAAUUCAGAGAUUGAUAGACGAAAGUCAUAAAGAAAGGCAAGACCUUAAAAGAUAUAUAGAAGACUUUAGAAAUAAAAUACUAAAGCAGUUUAACAAGUGCGAGAAGGACAUUCUAGACGAAGUAGAUAAAAAGGUAAAGGCACAAGUUGCAGAGCUUACUAGUCAACAGACUGUUUUUAGAGAGACUCUUCAAACAGCUAAGGAAAAUAAGGACAUUCUACAAAGUAUAAUAAGUAAUAAUUCAAACGCUGAUAUUUUCCGAUGCAUCCUUUCUAUAAUGCAACAGCUAGACAAGUCUCAAACAAACAAAGCUUCUGUCACUACCGACAUGUUUACCCAUUCAGUGGAAUUGUCUCCGGCUUUCGACACACUGAUAACAUCCAUAGAUGUGCAUCCAAUCAUGCACUGUAGAACAGUUAUCAAUACAAAAACGUCUACGAGUAAUGUGAACAUGAAAACCGACAUGGACAGUUUCCUAGAGACUGUGAAACAGGUGGCUUUAACCAGGGAGAAUGAUUUAUCCAGUGAUUAUUCAUGUUCUAGUGCUGAUGCGGAAAUGGAAGAAUCUGAAGCCAAACGUCACAGAAUACAAUCAAAUGAAAGUAGCAAUGUUUCGGAUACUUCUUCCAAAAGCGCUCAAGCUACAGCAGCAUUGCAUGGAACGGCCACCAAGUCAAAAAGAUUGUCAAAUAUUGUACACAUGCCUGACGUUACGUUAACGACACCCGAUGAGAAACAACCAUACAUUGCUGGCAUCAUCACUCUACUUGAUGGUAGUGUUGUCUUGUCCGACAGUAAACAGCCAAGACUGAUACGCGUGAAGGAAGACUUAACAUAUAAAGACACAGCAGAUUUAUCCCAUCUCCCUGGUAACAUGACAGUUCUAAAUGAAAAAUAUCUUGUGGUAUGUUUACCAACUGCCAACCGUGUGGCAUUUGUCUGGUUAUCACCUGAGUUUAAAUGGAUGAGGAAUUUUAAAACAAAGUACACACCAAAAGAUGUGCACGCUCUUGACACAACACGCCUGCUUGUUUCGAUGUAUGAUACUACUGAAAGGAAAUGGUAUCUACAGAUACUAACAACUGAAGGAGCUUUUUGGCAAGACAUUGGUAAAGCAAGGUCUAUACUAGAUGCCAGUCAGAUUGCGUCUUUGAAAUUAUCCCCAACGUCACCUAGAUAUUAUCUUCAAUGUUGUAACGCAUCUAACAAGCUUUACUGCUUUGAAAUUAGUGGAAAGGAAGUUUUUAAAUAUAGUGUCAUGUCACCGAAAUGCAUGUAUGUUGACAAUGCUGGAAAAAUAUAUGUGCUGGAUUCGUUCGGUUCGGUUCAUAUUCUUACAAACGACGGGAUGCUUAUUCAAACCAUUGAUGUUUCAAAAGAAGCAAAUGGAAUAGCAUGCAAUAAGAAAAAGGACACUCUCUUCAUUACAAAACAAUGCUCAGAUAAAAUAGGAGUAUUCAAGAUAUCACGCUAA